GUCCUCCGGAAUCUGCAGCAGCUACACCAUGCAUUCCCAGGGCUUUGCACUCACCUUCCUCAUUGUUCCACUGUUGGUGUGCGGGGACUCGAGUGACACCUGGUGCUAUGACUCCCAGGACCCGAAGUGCGGCCCCACCCACUGGAAGGAGGUGGCCCCUGCCUGUGGGGGCCCAGCCCAGUCCCCCAUCAACAUUGACCUUCACUUAGUCCAGCGGGACCCCACCCUGGGACCUUUCAUCUUCCAAGGCUACAACUCAGCACCUCCAGGCCCAUGGACCCUGGAGAAUAAUGGCCAUACAGUGGUGCUCCACGUGGACGCUGGCCCGCAGAGCCUCCUGGAGAUUCGGGGCGCUGGGCUGCCCCUGCCUGCCUACCGCGCGCUGCAGCUGCACUUCCACUGGGGGGGCCCUGGGCAAGCAGGCUCAGAGCACAGCCUGGAUGGGCAGCGCCGCCCCAUGGAGAUGCAUGUGGUCCACGUGAACACGAGGUACCAGAGCCUGGGGGAGGCGCGAAGUCACCCUGACGGGCUGGCCGUGCUGGCGGUACAGUUGGCGGAGCAGGACACUGAUAAUGCCAACUUUUCCGCCCUUGUGUCGGGCCUGAAGAACGUGUCUCAGCGCGGGGCCUCGGUGAAUCUGACAUCCACCUUUCCACUGGCCUCGCUGCUGCCGGGUGCCUCCGGCCUCUUGCGCUACUACCGCUACGCAGGGUCACUGACCACACCUGGCUGCCAACCCGCGGUUGUCUGGACCGUCUUCGAGGACCCGGUCCCCAUUGGGCGUGCGCAGGUGGCCCAGUUCCAGACUGUGCCCCAGGCCGGGCUCCCUGGCUCAAGCCCCACACCACUCAGGGAGAAUUUCCGCCCACAGCAACCUCUAGGGGGGCGCAGGGUAUCAGCCUCUUUCGGUGCCUCCAUCCGUGCAGCAGCCUCGGUCCCCACUGCGUUCCUAGCCCCUGUGCAUGGGGCUCUGCUGAGCCUGGGCCUCAAUUUGUGGCUCCGGCAGGACCCCUAGGAGCCAGAUUCAACCCCUUCCCACAAUAAACGAUGCAGAGUGA